CAUCUAGCCUUCGUCACGACACCAUCUACCCUGUAUCCAAGCUAUGAGUCGCGGCGGUAAACUUGCUCCCGAAGUGAACCGCGCGCUUUUCGUCAAGAACCUCAACUACAACGUCAGCCCUGACGACCUCUUCGAGCUCUUUGGCAAAUUCGGCCCCGUCCGUCAAAUCCGUCAAGGUAUCGCCAACAACACAAAGGGCACCGCAUUCGUCGUCUAUGAGGAUGUCGUAGACGCCAAACAAGCCUGCGACAAGCUCAACGGCUUCAAUUUCCAGAACCGCUACCUCGUCGUUCUCUACCACCAGCCUGAAAAGAUGGCUCGCCAAGCACAAGAUCUCCAGCAGCGUCAGGACGACUUAGAAAAGCUCAAACGCCAGCAUGGUAUCGAUUAGCGCCGCGCGGGAGUCUCAGCCAUCCACAAACACGACACCUCUUACCCAGCCCUUUCGACCACGACCACUCUUGUCUCGUCCAAACGGCCUCAGGGUCCCACUGAGUCGUCGGUUGUGGCUCCCAAGCGCGGCGUGCGCUCAGCUUGCCAUAAUUUAGGCAACCACACCUUCUCUUCGCCACGAAUCAACAUGAGCUUUUUAGGGAGAAUCAAGGGAAAUUGGCGUAUACGCGGCUAGCUUUUGACCAAAGGCGACUACUAUUACUGGGGAUCGGGAGUUUUCUGUUUUGCUGCUCAGAGUGCACUUGAUUGUGACCUGGCGGCUUUCUUUUCCUUUUGCUUCUGCUACUCUCUACUUUACAACCAAGACCUGAGCAUACCCAUCUCGGUCAUAUCAAACAUCCGUUCAAUCGAGAAAACAACAAUUGCCGGGUCUCCACUUUUCUUACCAAUUCCAUGUGUCUUCUUAAUCGCUUCCAC